UAGGGCUGACAUGGAGCCUGUGAAGUCAAUGUUUGACUUUUGGACACAAUGUCGUCGAAUCAUUGACUUAGUCAAUGAAAGCACUGUUGGGAGUGUGUAUAGGGUUCUUGCGCGGCGAGGCGAUUGCGAUGACCUCUCGCGCAUCUCUCGCCCAAUUCCAGGUAGGCCGGAAUCCAGUUCCACUCCAUUUUCAACGGCAUUGCACGAUUGAUCGCUAGCGCGCGCGCUGAUCAAUCAAAUGGAGGCGCUCCAGGCGGUGGCGUCGCUCAUCCAGGGCGCCCAGGCGCUGCUCCAGGGCGUGGAGGCUCUCUCGCGGGCGUCCAGGGAUCUCUCCGAGGCUCCCCAGAAGAUCGCCCAGUUAGAGGAGACGCUGGGCGAUCUGACCAAGCUCCACGCCACGCUCCUCCACAACCACAGCUCCAAGCUCCACCAUCCGGAGCUCCUCGCUCAGCUCCAUAGCUUCGAAGCUCUCAUCCGCGACGAGGACUUCCAGCUCGGCCGCGCCAAGAAAUUGGUGCUCCUCCGUCGCCGCAAGGGACCGCUCAAGAUGAAGAUGUAUCUCAACGUGGUGGUCACUGCGGUCACUGGCGACGAGCUCUCGGAGAUCGUCAAGUCCAUGAACUCCCAGCUCCUUGAGUGGAUCAACAAGAACAGCAUCAAGGCCACCAUCGCCAAAGCUUUCGACAAGACGGCCGAGAAGCUCACGAGCUAUCUCCGGGUCCAGGCCCAGCCGGGCUACCACCCGGUGGCGUCCAAGGCCCGGAAGAUCCGAGCUCUCCUCGAAGACGAGACGAGCUCCUCGCGAAAGGUGGUGCUUAUCCAUGGACUGUCCGGGAUGGGAAAAUCGUGCCUGGCUCGCUACGUUGCCGCGGAUCCGCCCAAGCGAUUCGUGCAUGGAGCGGUGGAUUUGCUGCUCGGGCAGGGGUGUAGCCGCCGGAGCGGAACUCCCGAAUAUCACUCGCGGCUAGCGGCAAAGCUCUGCCAUUUGUUGCGAGUUCUCGGGAGGAAGAGAGGAGAGAUAGAUGGAUUGGAUUUGGAGGAGGCUUGCCAGCUUCUACAGGAGACGUUGCUCGGGAGGAGCAUCCUGGUGGUGCUGGACGACGUGUGGGAGCCGGAUAUCAUCGCGAGGUUCACGCGGCUGUAUGACAACGAAUGCCGGUUCCUGGCCACGACGAGGAACCAGGCGGUGUAUGAGACGACGACCGAGGCUGAAAAGGUGGAGAUUGGCACCGAGGAUGUGUCAGAGCUCAGCCGGGGGAUCUUGAUGCAGCACAGCCAAUUGUCCGAGGAGGAGCUACCGGAGGCCACAACCGAGCUGCUAAUCCAGAGAUGCGGCCACCACCCUCUCACUCUCGCAGUCCUCGGCAAAGCUCUCUUCAAAGAGACCCGGCCCGAGCAGUGGGACAAAGCUCUGGACGAUCUAAGCACCUACGCGGCCCAGGCCCCCGUCCCAGUCCACUACCUCAACGACAAAGAAGCCGAGAGCGCCGCCACCGUCUUUGGCUCCUUCGACUACAGCCUCCACGCCAUGACCACUCACGCCAGAGAUCUCUUCCUCUCUCUCGCAGCUCUCUGCUGGGCCACUCCAAUCCCCGAGCCUUGCCUGGAAGCGAUCUGGCAAGCUCUCCAUCAAGACACCACCUUCCGGAUCGUCUCUUCCAAGCUCUGCGACAGCUCCCUUCUCAAGCGAUCCAGCUCCAGCGGCAGCGACACCUUCCUCCACUACACCGUCCACGACAUGGUGGCGCUCUUCCUCGAGACCAAGAUCGAGGAGUCCAUCGCGCUGCUUCUCAAGGAGCACUCGCUCAUCCACGCCGAGUCCCGUGCCGCGAUCGUCCCGUGGCUCUACCGCUUUGGCAACCGGAGGAUCGUCAAGCUCGCGGAGGACUCCCUGGUGGAGGUGUUCUGGUCCAACAGCGAGGAGCUCCCCGCGAUCGUUCUGUGGAACGUGGUGGAGGUGCUCUCCACGAGCAGCACGAUGGCGGAGCUCGAGGCGGCGUCGAUCGGGUUUAGCCGGAUCCUGGGGCCGGAGCUGGCGAGGCUGUUCUUGCUGGGAUUCGAGGACUUGCAUGCCGCGGUGGCGCGCUGCGUCGCGAAUUGCUUCGCGCGAUCCGACUACGAGCGCCACACUUUCGCGCUCGUCCAGGCGGGAGCUCCCGAGAAGCUGGCGGUGCUCGUGAGGAACCACGAGGAGUUCCAUGUAAGGCGAGACGCGGCCAUGGUUCUCGCCAGGCUCGCCGAGUUCCGCCACGACGCUUGCGAGGAGAUCAUGCGAGAGGUGCCGCUCAAGGAGGUGGUGGAGCUGCUGGAUCCCCGCGCGGAGGAGACGCACAACCCGGUGAUCGAUUCGCUCAUGACGCUGGCGCGCGCCGGGGAGGAGGUGGCGGUGAGAGAGAUCUUCCUGGCCGGCGCCGGGAAGAAGCUCGAGGAGAUGCUGCUCAGUGGAUCGGAGAUCGCCCAGCAGCGAGCGAUCGUGGCGCUCAAAUCUUUCCACGAGCUCGGCGGCUCCUCCGUCCAGGGAUUCUUGCGAGGCUCCGGGAUCCUCCUCCGGCGGGAGCUUCCAUGGCAGGCCAAGCUCAGCCUCGAGAGAUUGACAGUGCUGGAUCGAAAAUCAUCGUUUAACCAGCGGUCGUCGAGCAGCGCUCCUGCCAAGCGGCACUGGAUCGCGCAAAAGGUGGCGGUGCUCCGGGAUGGAUCCGAGAUCGAGCAGCUGCGAGCGAUCCAGGAGCUGGCCCCGGCGAUGGAGCGAGCCGGAGCCGGAGAUCCACAGCUUCUCGACUCUAUUCUCUCCACCAGUCUCAUCGAAGUUCUAGCGGCAAAGCUGGAUCAAGCCGCGAGCCCUUCUCCAGCGAGUUCUUCCUCUCGUCAGAUCAAGCACGCGAGCAACCGGAUCAAGUCCGAGGCUUGCUUCGCGCUCGUCAAGCUCUCCGCGGGUGGAAGCCGGUGUAUCAAGAUCAUGAUCAAGGCAAAGGUGGUGGACAACUUGGUCGUGGCCAUGGCUUGCAGCGCCAGCUCCGCGCUCCAAGAGGGUGCAUACUCAGCCCUCCACAACCUCGUCUUCACUGGGCGCCGGCUCGUCACCGAUCAAAUCCUCCGCGGAGGAGGAGGAAACCUGGUGGAUCGAGUUCUCGGCCUCUUGGACGCUGGCUUCCAGAUCGGGCUCUACUGCGUCCAGGACCUGGUGGAGAUUGGAGGCAAGGAAUGCAUCGAGAGGCUCCUGGCGGCGCGAGUGGUGGAGAGAUUGGUGGCGCUGGAGGGAAACUCCAGCAGGAUGAUCGGUGGUGGAAAGUUUCGAGACUCGGUAGUGGAGUUUGCCAAGCUUGUGGGGAAGUCGAGUGGAUUGUCUGCUCAAGAACACCGGGUUCUCAACUCGCAGCUCGUGAGGCACGCGAGAGCGGCGGUGAAAGAUCCCAAACAGAUGGGGAAGAUCACGAGUGUGCUGAAAACUAGCUACGAGCGUGGAGAGGGAUCGGGAUCUGGAUCAUCGGGAUCUGGCUCCGCCAAACGGAGGAAUUCUUUUGCUGGCUCACAUUCCUCCGCUGUAAACUUCUAGCAGAUACGUAAGAGCGAUUAGUUCCUUCUUCUUCUUCUUCUUCUUCUUGCUCAAGAGAAAAAGAAAGGAACUUUUGUCUACCUCACGCUUGCGUUUCGCAUGAUAGAAGCUCAAUUUGAUGCACCUUUGCAUCCAUUUCGGGUUC